AUGGGUGAGGCCGCGCCGUGGCGUUGGGAGCACUGUACCCAUGUCGACCCGGCGGGCUAUUGCAAUGACAUCAUCUGUGCCUACUGGCAACAGCAAGACGCGUUCAACCGUUGGCGUAAGAGAAGCGACGUCCGCGCUUGGGCCGAUACUGACAACAAGGUGGGCACAUGGAUCGAGGCGCUAAACUGCCCCACCGCGCAGAUGGAAACUUCUUAUUCCAAUGAGCAGCCCGACUGGGGACUGGUCGAUCAAUGCCCGGUUCAUGUUGAUGAGUUUCAUGGCUACUUCGGUGCGAUGCGUGACCGGAUUGAGGCGGCUGAGGACGCUGGUCUUCCGGCGGCGCAGCGAAGUCUGGCCAAGUCAGACAUCAGCCAGGAAACCUUCGGUCGUCAACUUUGGGUAGACCUGCCCGACAACAUCUGUUUCAUCCGCACCGUACAGGGUUGGAAUGACUGUGAUGAAAAACAGAGGGCUGAUUUUUCCGAAACAAUGUUACCGGUCUACCAUACUGGCGUAGAGUACCUGCGCGACAACCCACGCGACACGAACUGUGUUUCUGCGCGUUUGGUGGAAAUGGUUGGCGGCUCGGACCAAAUUCAAACGCAGACGCUGGCCUGGUUCCUUGGGCUAGCCGAUCUCGAGCGGUGGGCGCAUGCACAUCCAACCCACCAUGCCAUCCUCAAUGGAAUGACGGCGUUUGCCGAACGCUACGAGCUGGAUAUUCAGAUCGUGCUCGGGCAUGAGGUUUACGUCGUGCCUUUCGGCCACAGCCACAUCGAAUACUCCAACUGCCAUCCACAGACCGGUUUUUUACGGUUUUUUCAAGGCCAGCAGAGAUAG